CGGCGGCAGCGGCGGCGGCGGCCGUUACUCCGACAGGCAUGGCGGUGUGUGCUCGGCUGUGUGGCGUGGGCCCUUCGCGGGGGUGCCGGCGUCGCCAGCAGCGCCGGGACCCGGCCGAGACGGCGGCGGCCGACAGCGAGCCGGACACGGACCUGGAAGAGGAGCGCAUCGAGGCGGGCGCGGCGGAGCUGGGCAGUGAGUGCAGCGGCCGGAGCUCGAGCCCUUCGCCACCCCCGCGCUGCUCGCUGCUGGAGCUGCCUCCCGAGCUGCUGGUGGAGAUCUUCGCCUCGCUCCCCGGCACGGACCUGCCCAGCCUGGCCCAGGUCUGCACCAAGUUCUGUCGCAUCCUGCACAACGACACCAUCUGGAGACGGCGCUGCCGGGAGGAGUAUGGUGUUUGUGAAAACUUGCGGAAGCUGGAGAUCACGGGUGUGUCUUGUCGAGAUGUCUAUGCGAAGCGUAUAAACCCUCGUGUGAAGUCGGGCCGUUUCAUGAAAAUUCUUCCCGAUUACGAGCACAUGGAGUACAGAGAUGUGUACACCUGCCACACAUCCAGAAUAACGUGGCCCAGUCAAGUGACACAUGGAAUUAAUCACCACACACUGUCUGCACAGAGACCCCAGAUCCUACAUCUGGCAGUCGGGGACUUGUUGCUCCACCGAUACAGACACAUCUUGGGAUUGUGGCAGCCAGAUAUCGGGCCCUAUGGAGGACUGCUGAAUGUGGUGGUGGAUGGCUUAUUUAUUAUUGGCUGGAUGUACCUGCCUCCCCAUGACCCUCAUGUGGAUGACCCAAUGCGAUUCAAGCCCUUGUUUAGAAUUCACCUGAUGGAGAGGAAGUCAGCCACAGUGGAGUGCAUGUAUGGCCACAGAGGACCCCACAACGGCCACAUUCAGAUUGUGAAGAAGGAUGAGUUCUCCACCAAGUGCAACCAGACGGAGCACCACAGGAUGUCUGGUGGGAGACAAGAGGAAUUCCGAACAUGGCUGAGGGAAGAAUGGGGGCGGACGCUGGAGGACAUUUUCCACGAGCACAUGCAAGAGCUCAUCCUGAUGAAGUUCAUCUAUACCAGUCAGUAUGACAACUGCCUGACCUACCGCCGAAUCUACCUCCCGCCCAGCCACCCGGAUGAUCUCAUCAGGCCAGGCCUCUUUAAAGGCACCUACGGCAGCCACGGCUUAGAGAUUGUCAUGCUCAGCUUCCAUGGGAAGCAUGCCAGGGUCACGAAGAUCACAGGUGACCCCAACAUCCCUGCCGGGCAGCAGACAGUAGAGAUCGACCUCAUGCACCGCAUCCAGCUGCCCAAUGUCGAGAACCUCUGCAACUUCAAUGAGCUCUCGCGCAUCGUCCUGGAGGCUCAGGAGCAGGUGCGCCAGGAGGAGCAGCAGCAAGAAGGCAGGACUGAGGACGGCGAGGGUUCUGGGCCGCCCACUGAGGUCAGAGAGCCCGGGAAUGAAGGGGCCGCAUCUUUGAAGGAGGAGCCUGUCCAGUUUGUUCUGCCUGUGGGUGUGAGCUCAAGGAACGAGAACUACCCCCGAACCUGCAGGAUGUGUUUCUACGGCACAGGCCUCAUCGCCGGCCACGGCUUCACUAGCCCCGAGCGCACGCCCGGGGUCUUCAUCCUGUUUGACGAAGACCGCUUCGGGUUCAUCUGGCUGGAGCUGAAAUCCUUCAGCCUGUACAGCAGAGUCCAGGCCACCUUCCGGAAUGCGGACGCACCGUCCCCACAGGCCUUCGAGGAGAUGCUCAAGAACAUUCAGUCCCUGACCUCCUGACGGCCCCUUCCCCCCGGGGGCGCGACUCCAGACCCUGUGACCUGGGAAGAGCAGCAGCAUGCACUUUGGAGAUUUGACCUUCUGACCAGAGCAUCCACCUUCUUGUAGGCUUCUCGACCCGAGAUGCUUUCUAUAGAGUGUGCAACAUAUGUCUGCAUAUUUAUCAGUAGCUGAUGGGAAGGCUGAGCUGAGCAUGUCUUAUAAAAAAAAAAAAAGAAUUGGAGAAAUUGAGUUUGUCUUUGGCUCACUGACAGUUUUCUAGGGAAAACAAAAUCCUCCUUCAGGGAAGCUCAUGACAUAACUGAGUCUCCUGAUGUAAGGGUCCAGUGUGUGGGGUGCCAGCUCCACCGUCCACUCUGCAGGAAGCAAAUGAAAGUGGUCAUGGACCUGUGAGGGCCUGGCGAGGCGAACUUCUAUGCAGCCUGGGCAGGUAGUGAGGGUAGUGUUUGUGGAAAGAGAGCCCCAGGGAGUUGGGGUGUCAGUCUCAGGACCCAGAACUAAAUUUCCAUUUUUCUUGUUUUUCUUUUGUUUUUUUUUCUUUUUUGUGAAUUCCCAUUUCUAUACUGACUCAGACUUUGGACAAAAGCACUUCACCCCCAUCUCAGUUUCUGAAUCAGGGAAAUGGGGCUGGCGAUACGGGUCACUAGAGAACGUCACUGCAGGCCUUUGAGCAACUUGGAGGCCCUGUGAAUACCACCCCUGGUCCUGGUCUCUGGGCAGCACCCAUGUGCCUGCCCUGGCCUCUCUCUAGCAUUAGAACUUUCCCUUCAGCCAGUUCCUGUCAGUGCUCAUUGUGUACCGCUCUCCCCGCCCGGCCACACACACACACACACACACACACACACACACGCUCUGAUGUUAGAAUCUCAAACUGCAGCCACAUGUCCCAGGACUGGACAGGGCUAUGUCUUUUUGCGACCCUGCGUUUAUUCCAUCUGCACGAUGUACACAGGCGCUGUUCUGGGAAGUGUUACAGCACAUGAGGACUGCAGCCCCUUUGUGGGCAAGAGGGCAGCUUUCUAGAAUAGUCACACUGUAUGAAUCAGGGUGCCCCUUGGAGACCAGGACCUCUCCGGGACCCUCCCGUAUGGAGACCCUGAGCACUGACUCUUCUACUGGUGGUGUGCCCGUGUUGGGUUGACACCUGCAUUUGGGGAACCCCCUCUGAGGUCCUCGCUGAUCUCAGUAUCUAUUGAAGAACAGAGCCCUAAAUGCAUGCUGGUCUCCAAGGACAUUUCAGUUCUCCCUCCAGCCUGCACAGAGCCAUCUCCACCCCAUCUGCCUAGGUGUGCGCUUCACGGGGGGCAGGGAAGAGUUUGUCCCCCUCUCUGUUACUUUUCCUUGUUCGGUGGAUUGCACUGAGCCCUCACACUAGGGAGGAGGGACCCCAGGAAAGGGGGCAGCUUUGUGGUAUCUUCAUGUAGAGACCAACCUGAGCUGUCUUGUGAAAUGUGUCCUCUGUUUUCCUGAUUAAUUUCUCUCUUGCUUUUUUUUUUUUUUUAAUAAAAACAUCCCCACUGC